AUGUUGAUCUUCCUAUGCGUGGGAGUGCUAGUGGCGUCUGCCUGGGCAGCUGCUAUUAACUCAUCCAGCUCCGCAAACUCGCUGAAUUUCCUGUUUCCAUCGAACCAGUCCCACGAAGCAAAGCCAUUCACUAUUUCUGUCAACCAAAAGUUCAUCUGGGAGACGACGCAGAGGGCUCGUCUUUACCGGCCCUCGAUAGCCCUACAAGAACCUCAGCAGCCGAAUUGGGACGAUGGCCCUCCGCCAGCGAAGAUCAACGAGCUGGCCGAGUACUGGGCGCACAGCUACGACUGGUUCAAGAUCCAAGACCAGAUCAAUGCCAACUUCUCCCACUACACCAUCACAGUCCCAAGUUCCGACAAAUACCCACACCCCCUGUCCCUGCACUUCAUCCACGAGCACGCCAACGGACCGCCUAAUGCGGCAAUUCCGCUUCUUAUUCUGCACGGCUGGCCCUCGACCAACCUCGAAUGGUCCAAGGUCAUCCAUCCUCUCGCCAACCCCUCUGAAACCAACGCGCCGCGCUUCCACGUCGUCGCACCCGAUCUGCCUGGCUUUGGCUUCAGUCCAGCAGCGACACACGCUGGCCUGGGUCCUCGCGCCAUGGGCCAGGCAUUCGAUAGCCUGAUGCACCAGCUAGGCUACCCAACCUACGCCUUGAGCAGCACGGACCUAGGCUGGGAGGUAGCCAUGUGGAUGGUGCACGACUUCCCGGCGUCUGUUGUGGCGCACGCGACCGACUUCUUCAUGCCACCACCCAAUGCGACCGAUCUGGCACGCUUUGCGGCGAACCAGACCACGGCCGAGGAGAAUGACUGGAUUCUAUCGCUGCAGGCGUUUCAGGCAGACAACUCGGGCUAUUCCCUCGUGCACGGCACCCGCCCGCUUGCGCUCGCUCUCGCCAUGACUGACAGCCCGGUUGGCUUUGCCGGGUGGGUGCUGCAACUUCUUGGCGUGGCAAGUGAUGGGUAUAAUUAUACCUUUGAGGAGAUCAUCACCAUGUCUAUCACCUUGUGGAUACAGGGGACGUAUGGGAACUUGAGGACCUACAAGGAAUUCACGAAGCCCGGGGCUAUGGAUUUUCCCACCACAUCGGUUCCGACCGGCGUGUCGCAGUGGGCAAAUCCUAAUGGCGAAUACCCCAACAUGAAACGAUUCCCCAUCGCACCCCGAGAUUGGAUCGAACGGACGGCAAACGUUACGUAUUUCUCUCGACACGAGUUUGGGGGACACUUUCCCGCUCAGAGCCAGCCGCAGCUCUGGUUACAAGACGUCCGGGCUUUCUUCUCGGGCCUACCUGAUUUGUCCUUGGGAUUGACCGGCGAUAGUUAG